GGUUCUACUUUAAGAAUGAAGCCAGAAAGAUUCCCUUCCCCCUUUCUGGGCAUCUUUUAUAUGAUGUUGAUUAUUCGCCCAGAAGAAAAGGCCUCCUCCUCUUAAGCCUGCCCUUUGCUGAUGGGAAACUCUGUCCAUCAGAGGCCAGGAGAGGCAGCAGCUUUCCUUACAAGGAGUUUGGCAAGAGCUCAGCUGGCGAAAGUCUCAGGGAACGGGAGUUCCUCUUCCUCUGCCUCAUUCAUUCAAGUCAAAUCGGAGUGACCUGCAGCUGUGGGGAGCAAGCAGACGCCUCUUUGUUCCCAGCGGUGAGAGAGAAGGGGGGGGGGAGCCCUCCUUGUUGCUCACUCCCUGCUUCGAUCUGGGGAGGGAGGCCUUGGAGAGGGACUCUCGGCAGCCCGAAGGUGGAAACAGUUGUGGAUGUGUGGCUGUCAAGUGACUGUGUCGUGCCAAGAGGUCCCAUGGCGAUCCAGCUUUAAUCUGAAGCCAGAGGAUGUCUUCCAUGUUCAGCAAGACUCGGACAGCCCACUGUGCGAAUGAGCGCCAUCUCCACACCUUUCCCCAGGAAUGCAACGUGGCCAUAUUGGGGUGUCAAGGAUCUGGAAAAUCAGCGUUGACAGUGAAGUUUCUAACCAAGAGGUUUAUAAGCGAAUAUGAUCCUAACCUAGAGGACACAUAUGCUUCAGAAGAGGUGGUGGACCAGCAACCAGUUCUACUGAAGGUCAUGGAUACAGCCGACCAGGAUGUGCCAGUGAGCUGCGAGCGAUACUUGAAUUGGGCCAGCGCAUUCAUGGUGGUCUACAGCAUUGACAACCGGAAGAGCUUUGAGGGAAGCCAGCAAUACUUGGACAUCAUAGCACUGCACUUGAAAAAUGCCCAGCAUGAAUCUCCGGUUUUCCUGGUGGGGAACAAGCUGGAUAUGGAACAAUACAGGCAGGUGACCAAAGCUGAGGGGAUUUCUCUGGCCUCUAAGUACGGCUCCUCCUUCUACGAAGUCUCGGCCUGCCUGGAUUUUGAAUCCGUGCAGCACAUGUUCCACGAGGCGGUGCGUGAGGUGAGGCGGGAGAUGGAGAGGCACAUGACGGUCCGCCCCUUGUUCAUCAUCGAGGAGAAGCCGUCCCUUCACCUCGUCCCUCCAGCCGCCAUGGCCUCCAAGCACAGCCUGGCCAGCUGCACCUACAACACUCUCUCCACCGUGAACUUCAAGGAAAUCCCUUCGGUGGCCCAGGCCAAGCUGGUCACGGUGAAAUCCUCCAGGGCCCAGAGCAAGAGGAAGGCUCCAACGUUGACAUUACUGAAGGGAUUUAAGAUCUUUUGAGGGGAGCCUGCAAAGGGCUGCUCCAAGAUAGGAGAGCAAGUCGGGGCCCUUUGCCUGACUGCAUUAACCCUCAGCAGCCAUCUUAAAUGCUGGUGUACUGGCCUUCCUUGCUUCCCGCCUGGCCUCUCGUACUAGAGCAAAGCAUGCUGGGAACAUAAGAAGAGCCUUGCCAAAGAUUCAUCUAGUCCAGUGACCAGUUCUCACAGUGACCAACAGAUGCUUAUGGGGAAAACACAAGUAGCACAUGAGCGGAACAGCAACUCUACCUAUUUGUGAUUCCCAGCAGCUGCUGUUUUGGGACCUAACACCUCCAACAAUAGUGGUUUUCAGUGACAAGGCUGCACCCUCCUGUUCAGGCUCCAGUUCAGUCACUGCUGCGCUGCUUUUUGCUCUCCCUCAGCCCAGCUGAUCAAAACCCUCCCCAGCUUCCACUGAGGCUCUCUACUCCUCGGGAAGAUCAAAGGGGAAGAGCUGGCAUCCUUGCUCCCCCUUCCAAAGUGACUGAAGUCCAACCUGGGUCAGCACCACAUUUCUCCCUCCUCCAUCAGAGCCUACUGUGCUGAUGCCAAAACUGCAGGGCUAACGGCAUUAAGAGACUGUGCUGCAUGCAGUUUGACCAGGAUUAGUAUUGACGCUGCUCCAAGACCUUUUUCAAAUUCUGCACCCAACGCACGGAUACCUUACAACCGGCAGAAAUUGCAUUGCAUACUUGCAUAGUUUUGUCGCUCUUACAAAGUUUGUCUGCAUUAUGAUUGGCAUUUUGUAACUGCCAAUCUGUGUGUGUGAUAUAGGCUAGGAAAUGGAGAUAGCAGAUGGAGAUAGCAGGAGGACAGGCACAAACGCACUGGGGUGUGUGGGCAGGAGCACAUGACGCGUGUGCCGUUGAAACAAAAAGUUCCUGUUGUUUGGGUAUUGAGGAUGGCUCCACGUCCAGCUUUCCAGCACACUGCCAAAGAACAAGCUAAAGGGACACAGAGCCCCCUGGUGAAAGAAUGGCAUAUCGUUCCUUGCGUACAUUUUCCCAGCGCUCUUGGAGCAGGGGUCACCAGCUUUUUUGGGCCUGUGGGCACAUUUGCAAACUGGAGAAUCUGUCCUGGGCACCACGCACACACAGCACAUUCAAGUACGCACUGCAAACCUAGGGUGCAUUCAGAAGCGGAGAGUAUUGUGUUCGUUUUCCUGCUAGCACUUCUGAACUGAUUUCUAAUGUUCCUUUCACACUGCAGUGUCACAGAACUCUGGCUUUAUGGCUAAGAUACAGGCCUGCCACCAUAGGGGCCAACUCCCCAAUAAAAUAUUUGAGGGGCCAAGUUAAUGGGCAUUGGCAUUCAAAUGGUGUUUGUGUGUGCCACAUCUUGUGAUUGAUUAUGCAGGGCAGGGCUUACCUGGGCCCCCUUGAAAUAUUUUAUUCAAGUUGGCACCCCUGCAUGCCGCUCUAAAUUUCACUCACAACAGUGGGUGAGGUGUGACAUGACAACAAGCAUCAUUGGACCACAUUGCUACUCCCCACCCCCAAAAAGUUGUUGUUUUUUUGUCAUGUAAACAAAACAGCCCCAAAGACACCUGAAUAGCCUCAAAACUACAAUGGUGGGGCAGGCAAGUUCUGCUCUUUUCCUACUGAGAAAGAGAGCUUCCUUUGAAAUGUAAAUAGCAGCUUCUAAGGGGCAGUUGUCGUGGUUGUGGACUGUAGAAGGGAGAGAGAGAACCAAUCUUCGCAAACUUCGCAUGCCCCCAGCCCACCCUGGUCAGGCUCCACUGUGGCUGCUGUUUACACCUCACAAGAACAAAGAUGCCAACUGCAUCCGUGCCAUUGAGGUCCCAUCUAUUUCUGUCCUUAAACUAGUUUCAGGGCCCAGAGAAACAUCUGUGAGUGAGGCUGGGAGGUUUCUAAUAGGGGAAUAUAAGGUAAAAGCCCAUCUAGGGCAUCAUCUGGUUCUCACACUGGCUAACCAGCUGCCCCAAAGCAGGACCUGAGUGCAAUAGCACUCUCAAAAUGAGGACGUAAGAAUUUCCCUACUGGAUCUGGCCAAAGCCCCUCUAGUCCAACACCCUGUUCUCACAGUGGCCAACCUAGAGGAUAUCCACAAGUAAGACCUUAGGGCAGCCUUUCUCAACUUGUGGGUCCCCAGAUGUUGUUGAACUACAACUCCCAUCACUCCUAGCUAGCAAAGCCAGAGCUCAGGGAUGAUGGGAGUUGUAGUCCAAGAACAUCUGGGGACCCACAGGUUGAGAACCGCUGCCUUAGAGGAACAGCAGCACUCUUCACGCCUAUGAUUCCAAGCCACUGGCUCUGACUUGAAGGAACAGCACAGCCAUUGAUAGUCCUAUCCUCCAUUAUAGCCUUAUGUACAGAAGUCUGGUGGAGGCGCUGAAACUACAGUUCUCAGUAUCAGGCAGUGGAAGGGUGUGUGGAGAAAGAGGUGGCAAUUAAACUAGUACAAAACCAGCAUCAGUUAGAUCUGACCUCGGUAAACACCCAGUAUCAUUUUGCCUGUUCAACUGAAGUAAUGAGUUAAAUGGUGCCUUAGCUUAGAAUGCCUUCCUUUUCUUCUUUUUCCCUUCUAAGUCUUAUCUGUUUCCCACUUGCCCCAAAUUAUUUUGCAAUCGAAUGACAACAUGCAGCAAUGCUGCUCUAAAGGUAACCAAGAAACUAAGAGUGAAGAAAACCAGCGCGGCACUUUCAUAAUAAAGACCAUUGAUUUAUUUCCCCAUCUGUUCUCUUUUUCCGCAAGGGGAGUAGGAAGGAAGUGGGCUGUGUGUGCAGAACCAACUUUAACUUCUAUCUUGAUGCUUCUUGGGGAGCGGCGACCUUUAAAUUCAGCAUUGCUAUUUCACCCAACUGGUGCGGAAAAUAUUUUGGUGAAGGAAACUUUGGGAAAGCCAAGUGUGGAAUCUUUUGUUUCAUUCUGCUUGUUGGCACACAAUUGCAAUUUCCCCUCCCCCUCCCCUUCUCUGUUUAGGGUUUGAUUUAUUCAGCCCUACGAUCCUGUAAUAUCACAGCCUUGUGCAUUCAUUCAUGGGGAUUAAUUACCACUCCUGGUUCCAUUUGUGUAUAUAAAAGCUAUAUAUGUAA